AUGCGUGACCCGUGUCGGAGAGACCUUGACCCUCCGCCAUGGCCGCAUCCUCCAUGGCUGACCACUCGGCCCCAGGCUUGCGCCUGGUCUGCGAGUCAGGGGAGGGCUUCGUCCUCUUCCCCACCGGGCAGAGGCGAAGUGGGCGAGAAAGCGACGCGUGGAGCUCGUGUGGGGGAUUGGGAAGCUCUUCUGGAGAAUAUUUGGGAUGACGAGGUGAUUGUCAAGUUUUUUGGCCAACUAUGGGCCAUUGACUCGCCGCCGCCGCGGAACCCUAGGGUUCGGCCCUCCAACCCCAUCCAAACCUCCUCCACCAACUCCGACGGCCGCCUCUUCUGGAUCCGGCAGGAUCUGGUAGAGUCCAGGCAAAUCUCUCCUGAGGAUUGCUUCCCGAGUUACAAGAGGUCUGGGUGCAGAUUUUGGGGAUACCUCCUAGAUGUUGCCACUGGAAGGAUAAAGGUAGCCUACAGAGACUCUAGUAAGAUUCCUAAGGACAGACUACAUGAGAUGAACAAGAGCCUCUUUGUUGUGUCUUUUGAGGUGGAAGGUGCACAAGCUACUGGACCUGGUCCAGCUGGAAAUGAUGGCAAUGGUGGAGAUGAUGAUGACAAGAAGAAGGAUAAUAAUGCAGAUGAUGAUGAGGAUGAUCUGUUAGAUGAUGAUGACAUAAGCAAAGAUCAACCUACUGGUUCCAAGCAUACUACCAUUGAUGGUGAGGAUGCUAGGGUUAUAGGUUCACUGAAGGGUGAAUUACAUAUAGGAGCAGGGUAUGAUAUUUCAGCAGCGGGUUUAAACUUGGUUGGUGAGAGUUCUAAAACCCAACAGGUUACAACCCUUGGGGGCCCUUCUGAGGAUUAUUCUUGUGUGACACCUGAGAUGUUUCGAGCGUAUCAGACACCUAAAGCUACACAGGCGCAGAACACUGAGUGUCCAGUUGUGGGGAACAAAUUCUUCCAACCCAUCAGUGAGGAGUCUCAUCACUCUAAAUGGGAGGAAUUUAGGAAAAUGGCUCAAUCUGAUAACAUGAUUCAGGAUUGUUCUAUUCUGUUGAGGAGAAUGGAGCUAGAGGAUUCUGAGUCCGAGGGAGAAUCUGCAAAGUUCGUUAUGGAGCAGGAUGAUGAAGUGCUAUCCCUGGGGGAUUUAGGUAAGGAUUCUCAAGCUGAGCAAGCUCUAAUGAGGGAUCUGGUAAGUCAGAUGAAGGAUGUGCAGUCUGAUGCGAGUCCAGAUGUGGUGCAAGUCAAGAAGAUAUGUGCAGUCACUAGCCUGGUUAAGUAA